AAGUGUAAACUUUCGUAAAAAGGCGCCCCAGUGACCAUUUCUUUUCCUCUAGUUCGAAAACGGUGACGAAGGGCAUCGACGAGCUUCAUCGGCGGCGAUCUUCGACGGCCCUAUCGAUCUCCGAUUGCCAAACUCCAAUCCACAUAAAUAAGAAAAAAUCUCCGAAAAAAUCCACAGGAAACAAAAAAAAAUCGGUAAUCCUGUUCUCCAAACUUCUUGGACUCUUUCUUCAAUCACGUCCAGAUCUCAUGAGUCAUCGUCCGAUCUCGCGGCGGUUCCGUAAACCUUGAUGCAACGAUCUCAUGCUCGUUCCAGGUUGAAAAACAAAUCCGAUAUGGAUCCUCCUCUCCACGUUCAUCACACUCAACCUGGCCGCCAACGUUCAUCGCUCGCUAAAUCCAAGUGUAAACCGACGAAAAAAUCGAUCAUCCUCGUAAUCAUCGGCUCCCUCGCGAUCGCGCUGGCGUUGUUCUUCGUCUGCUACACAUUUUUCCUAAGGAACCGGAAAGUUUCGCUCCGGUACAGCGUCGUGAUCGACGGCGGGAGUUCCGGGACCCGAGCUCACGUGUUCGGGUACCGGAUCGAAUCCGGAAACCCGGUUUUCGAUUUCAGGGGUGACGAGAGCUACGCUAGUAUGAAACUGAGUCCUGGCUUGUCUUCUUACGCUGAUAAUCCGGAGGGGGCGAGCGUCUCGGUGAAGGAGCUUGUGGAGUUCGCGAAAGGUAGAGUUCCGGAGGGGAAGUUGAAGGAGAGUGAUAUUAGGUUAAUGGCCACUGCUGGGAUGAGAUUGCUUGAGUUGAGUGUUCAGGAACGGAUUCUUGAAGUCGCCAGAAGAGUUCUUAGAUCUUCUGGGUUUAAGUUCCAAGACGAGUCGGCUUCGGUUAUCUCUGGAUCUGAUGAAGGUAUAUAUGCUUGGGUAGUUGCCAACCAUGCACUUGGUUCUCUAGGAGGUGAUCCUUUGCAAACAACAGGGAUUGUCGAACUUGGUGGGGCUUCUACUCAGGUGACGUUUGUGUCAAGUGAGCAUGUGCCUUCUGAGUUCUCGCGUACGAUAACUUAUGGUAACGUUUCGUACAGAAUCUACAGCCACAGCUUCCUCAACCUUGGACAGGAUGCAGCACAUGAAAAGCUAUGGGAAUCACUCAACAACUUAGCUGCAAACUCUACAGAAAAAGGAAUAGUUACUGAUCCUUGUACUCCAAAAGGAUACAUCCUCGACAAAAACUCUACAGGGGAAGGAAUAGUCUUACCUGGGGAAAGCAAAUUUACAGACUCACUUCAAGCGGCUGGUAAUUUCUCAAAGUGCCGAUCCGCUGCAUUCACCAUCUUGCAGGAAGGAAAAGAGAAAUGUCCUUAUAAGCAUUGCUCUAUUGGAUCGACAUUCACACCUAAUCUUCGAGGAAGUUUUUUGGCUACAGAGAAUUUCUUCCACACUUCGAAGUUUUUUGGGUUGAGAGAAAAAGAUUGGCUAUCUGAAAUGAUUAUAGCCGGAGAGAGUUUUUGUGGAGAUGACUGGUCGAGGUUGAAGGUGAAACAUCCGACAUUUAAAGACGAGAGUUUGCUUCGGUAUUGUUUCUCAUCAGCAUAUAUAGUCUCAAUGCUUCACGACAGUCUUGGUGUUGCUCUUGAUGAUCAAAGAGUCGAGUUUGCAAGUGAAGCAGGAGAGAAAGGCAUACCACUAGAUUGGGCAUUAGGAGCGUUUAUACUAAACACUGCAACAGCCACUUCUGAUUCCAGCGGUAAGUCUAGAAAAAUUCUUCUUGAGUAGAGAGUAACGUAGCCAAAUACAAAAUAUAUGAUAUUAAGUUACAAUGAAAAAAUAUUGUUUCAAAAGUAAAUGAUAAUCAUAUAUUUGUAUUCACGUUUACUGCAGUCAAGUCUUCAUUGUUCUCUUUUUAAGUUAGGUACAUGUAAAAAUAUUGAAAACCAAGUUGAUCUAGAGUUGGGGUUUUCAAUGUAUUGUAUGAAUUUUCAAACAUUUUUUUACAUAAAUGACAACUCAUUUCUUUCA